AUGCAUACUGUUCAUUGUCGCUGUCUCAAACAGUUCAGGUUCUUGCAGAAGACAAAAUGUGAGGAAACAGGCCAGCAGCGCAGGACCGGAGGCCCCGGCGGAGGCUCUCGCGCCCAGUGCCCUCCGCCCCGGGCCCGCAGGGACGCCCCCUCCUUCCCGUCUAGAGCGAGUCUUAACUCCGCUCCUGUCUCCCCUGCCCCAGGCAGCUCCAACGUCAGAUCCCACUCCCAACUGAGAACACGAAGCCCAGCCCAGCCGCUUCCUGCCCACCGCCGCAGGAAUUCCCUUCCCCAGCCCAGGGACCGCGGCCCCGCGUCGCUGACCCUAGCGGGGAUCCCCUCGGCCGCCGGGCGGGGAUCCCGGAACUGGCCCCGGAGUGCGCGUGUGGCCGCGGCGGGGAGGGGCGAGGCGGGGAGUUUCCGCCGCCCCGCGGCAGAGAGGGCGGGAGGGCGUCAGCAGCGGCCAGGAGUGGUCCCCGAGGCCGCCCGGGGACCCCAGCCUCCUCCGCCCGGACCGAGCCGCGCUCCCCACACGCACCGCCGCCAGUUGGCCCCGCGCGUUCUCCAGGUCGAGACUAGCAGGCAGAGAACCGCGGGCCCAGGGCCACCCGUCACCUUCCAGUCGCCCCGCCAGAAGCCCCGGGCGAGGAAAAGGAGAGAGAGACAAAAGGGCGCUGGGAGGGAGUCCCCUCACCCCCCGCGGCCCCGCGCCCCGCCCGGCUCUUACUCGUAGUGGCGGAAAAUCUCGUUGGUGACUUUACAGUAGAAAACUUCCUCGUCGGGCCGCAGGUCCGCGGGCGGCUUCUGUCUCACAAACGGCUUUCGGUGUAGCAGCGGCAUCUCCAGUCCGCCCGCGGGCUCGCCCAGACCCUCCGCAGCCCGCGCCGGCCCCGCUUCCCUAUCAGAAUUGGAGGGAAAGGAAAGCCGGUAAGGUGGGGAGCGCUCGGCGGCAGCGUGGGCCGGUCCGCGCGCCGGGGAAAGAAGCUCGGCUGCCUUUUGUGUGACUGACGCGCCGCGGCCGCUACCGGAGCCGAGUUCGUUCCUGCCGCCGUCCCGGCUCCCGGCGAGCGGAGCCGCCGCCGCCCCUACCCUCCGAGCACGCCCGACCUCCCCUCGCCCCGCCGCGGCUCACAAUGGGGCAGGACGCCCCGCCGCGGGGGGCAGUGCGGGAGCGGCGGCGGCCCCCUCCCCCAGGGCCGGCUUUUCGUCCGCCGCCGCCGCCAGGCUCACAACGUGCUCGGCGCGCAGCCGGCCGGCCCAACGCCGCCAGGGCGCUCGCUGCGGGCGGACCCCGGCGCUGCUACGCUUUGUUCCCGGCUCGCCUCCACUUCCCCGCCGGCGCCGGCCGGCUCCCGAGCGACCCUCACCUGCGAACGCGCCGACGGCCACUUGUCCACCUUCGCCACUACAAAGGCACCGAGGGGAGACCCCGUCCUCCCGGGGGACCGCCUCUUGCCGGCCCCGCAGCGCCCCCGGCCGCCGCUUCUCCCGCUGCCACUGCCCGACUUCGCGCGGGGAAUCGCGUCCCACCGCCACUUCCCCGCCUCUCGGAGCUCCUGGGAAGUUUCUGAUCUACUUUCGGCUCUGAAGGAGGAAGAGCUAUUGGGAGGAGCUUUUCACUCCUCGCUUCUACCUUUUUUUUUAUUGGCUACUCGAUGACUUUUACAGCCUGUCACUGAUACAGGAAGAGACAGCGGAGAGCCUGGGAGAGCUACAUUAUUAAUUAAUGGAGCAACCCCUCGUGAAGAUUCAGAAGCAUCCUCCAUGUUUGAGAUUAUCAGCCAAAAGAUCUAGGGAAAGCGCUGGGGGUUCAUAAACACAUGGCUAACAAAGUAAAGCCUUCAAGUCUGGUACCAACGUUUGAUUACACGAUAGGAAAAGGGAUUCCAAUUACGAUUUAACUUGUAUUUUAAAGAUGUGAAAAUAAAUGAAUAAGAAAUAAAAUUUUUUGCUAUGUUUCUUCUUCCAAAUUAGAAUCCAUAUCUUCAAAAAUACUUUGCAUGUGUAAACAUCCAGCUCGAACAGAAGAUACCUUCACAUCAGUUCUGUUUAAUACUUACGGCACUUCAGAGAUUUAGGGAGCAGAAGAAAAGAUUUUUUUUUUUUAAAGUAUAUGUUACAAAGUGUCAUCAUGCCUGUAGGACCCCAGCAUUCUUGAAACUAACGCACCUUUGAAAAGUAAUAUUUACACUGCUGUAAGUGUUUGCUAAGGAUCAAUAUUCAAUUAGAAUUUUAAGGAUCAUGGAUUUACUAGAGAAAAUUCUCCUAAAGCAGCUUUCCCAUAUCAGUAAUUUUUAUUUAUGAAAACAAUUUUAAUGUACAUUAUACAUGUGACCUUUGAAUUCAAUGGAAUUUAAGAAACUAGAACUCAAAUUUUCACUAGCUAUGUUUUAAAGCCUUUUUUGAUAUAGUCCUUAACGUUUGCUUAUUUGCAAAUUAGUAUGUAAGAAUGAGUCUAAAAGUAAGUUUGAAGCAUAGUCAUUAGACGUUAUUUCUUAUUAUUACCAAUACUGCGAAAUGAUAAUUACACAAAAAAUAUGGGAUCAGUUUUAUAACUUCUAAUUUAAGUACCUUUGUACUUUGAAGCAGAAAAUGUAAAAAUCUAAAUCAAGAGUUACUAUUUUUGAUCUUCUUUCACGCUGGUCUUAACUGUUCAUACAGCUAGCAAAAUAAACCUUUGUGAAAGGCA